GUCAACAUAGCGCUGCGCCAGAGUCUUUGAACGAGGCUGGAGCGGCCCCUGAACGCGGCGGAUGCUCUGUCCAGUCUGUCUAAGUCCUCUAAGAAGAUACUAGUCCAAUUAGGGCGAGUGGAGACGGAAAUCCACACACACACAUGCCAGAUCUCACGCUUUUUCGCCUAAACAUGGACAUGGACACUGCUGUUGCGUGCGACUUGCUGCAAGUUCAACCUGACGUCCCAAGAAACGCUGUUGUGAAACGCCGCGGGGUUUGUGAGCGCUUGUAAGUUGCGGUCGGGCUCUCACACAGCAGCAGCCUAAAGCCUCUAUAAGCCCCUGCAACAAGAGGACAACAAGGCCUGGAAGCGAAGUUUUGAUUUGACAGUAUUUGUUGAAGGCCAUGGAGAGCUACACUGAUGUGCUCCUCGUCACCGCCAACGUGGGCUCGCUCUUUGAUAACGUGAGUGAGAUUCAAAGUCAAUGGUUAAAGGAGCUGUACAAGACAAUCCACAAGUACAGGCCACGGUUUGUUGCGUUACACUUUCAAGAGGUCGGAGGAAAAGACUACAUGGCUAACAUGGGCUAUGCUGAGAACUUCUUCAGGAGCAUAGAGACAAGUGAAGAGAUGCGUGAUUUUGAUCGGGCCUGUAUCUACGUAGACAACCGCUUUCAAGUUGAGGACAGCUUCACGGCUUUGGGCAGCAUGUAUUUCAUCCACAAGACACUGAAAAACAUCUUACAAUAUGAUUUUAAUGUGAAGGAUUUUAGACCUGUCUCGGGGCAGAACAAGUACAUGGACAUUCUGGAUGGUGUCGCCACAGUGGAGAAAGAAAAAUUCCCAAAGAAUUUCUGGCCUGACUUUAAAUGGUCCAGAAAAGGCUUCAUGAGGACACGUUGGAUUAUACACAACCAGGGCUUGGACCUGGUGAACAUCCACCUCUUCCAUGAUGCCUCUAACCUGAUUGCCUGCACCUCAAGUCCCUCUAUUUACUCUGCAAACCGCAAAAACGCUCUCCGAUAUGUCAUUAACAGGAUAUCAGACAAUCAGCACACUCCCAUGCCUUUUUUCCUUUUUGGAGAUUUUAACUUCCGUCUCGAUGCACUCAGUCUUGUUCAGCACCUGUCCACAUCGGCCGAGGUGCAAACUGUAAAGAAGGACAGCAGUAAUGAAGUCCAGAAGAUAAUUUGUGAGGAGAAAGAUAAUGACCACAAGGUAUUGCUUCACAUUGAGGAGAAAUUGUUUACCUAUCUACAUCAGGCCGUUUUCAGAGAGGACAAUGGCAGAGCGCUUUUAACAUACGACAAAGAGGUUUCAGAGUUUCAUGACAUUAUAAGGGAAGAAGAUAUCAAGUUUCCACCAAGCUAUCCCUACAGUGAAGACUACACUAAACCAACCCAGUACAUGAACACCCGCUGUCCCGCCUGGUGUGACCGCGUUCUCAUGUCCCACAGUGUCCAGGACCUCCUCUUAUACUCAAACGAGGACAGUGAGCACAGCUUGGUCUACAACACUGUGGGUCCCAAUGUGUGCAUGGGAGACCAUAAGCCUGUUUUCUUGUUCUUUGCACUGAAGACAAACGACCACUGACCCUGCUCCAUCUCAUGGAUACAAGAGAUGUUGUUAAAGAACGGCUUCUAACCAUAAGCAGCAGGAAGACGCCACACCAAGACCUCUCUUAUACUUUGUAAGAACAAAAAAUUUGAUUUUCUUUUAAAUAUUCAAUACAAUCUUUUACUUAGUGGACCGGGAAUGAAGGACUUGAGUUGCAAAAACAGAUGGGCUUUCAUGUGUAUGAAAAUUAUCCUUUCCAAUUUAUGUUUUGUGUUUUAUGUGUGUAAAUGUUUAACCCGAAGGAUUGCAGUGACACAUUCAGUUAUUACCAUGUUUUGUUUUGUUUUGUUUUUUAACGCUUCUGAUUUUAGAUAUUUAUUUCAUUGUUGUAAGUAAACGGGUAUGAAAACAGCCAUGUGGGUACACACAGUGGCAGAUGUUAUUAAUAUAGAUAUUUUGAAUGUAGCUGAAACUGCCUGUAAAUGUGAGCUGUAAACAAGUGAGAGGACGUCACAUCUGAUGUCUGGGCACGUGAUUGUAAAACUGAUGACACACACGAUGUAUUUUAUCUUUGUACACAAAUCUAAUAAGGAAACUACUAGGAACUGUAAAAUUGUGUAAAAAAAACUAAACAAAACAAAACUGACCUUUAGUUCAGCACUUAAUCUGAUUCCUUACAUUUUUAUAUUGUUUUUCAUCUUUUCACAUUUUACAAAAACAUUUGUUCAGUGAUGUAAUAACAAUGCAUGACUUGAUACUAGCAGUGACUAAAGUAAGGUAUAUUAUUUAUGUGUGUUUGUAUUAUAUGGUGUUUAUUAGUUAAAGGAAUGUGAAAGUUCUUUAUUCUGUAGCUCAGAGUGAUGACACAUUUUCAUUGCCAAAAUACAUUUUCUAUAGACCUCACUUGUUUGUACAAUGCUGCUCCCAAAAAUGCUAAAAGUAUGUUCUGGCUCAUCAUGUCUUGUAUUUGGAUUGUGUUUAGCAUUCCAGCUAUGUCCUCAUACCUGGAAUGCUAUAUGCAACUUUUGUUCCGUCUUUUGUGGUUUUAUAUGCAAUCUUAGACAAUUGCCUCAUAGUGUUGCUCAAUCGGACGGCACAACACAGACGGAGCAUUUUUCAUCAUGCAUAUAAUACAUAUA